AUGGGAAACCCUUCUAGAAACUCCAACAAUAAUCCCUAUUCGAAUACUUUCAAUCAGGAAUGGAGGAACUACCCCAAUUUCGGAUGGAGAGACCAGCAGAUGCCUCAACAAGGCAUCAAUAAUAAUCAAAAUGGAAUGAACCAAAAUCGGUUCAAUAAUAAACCAUUCAAAACUUCUCAGCAACAAUUGGAGACACCCAGGCAAAGUCUCUCUGACUUGGCUGCUAUAGUCUCCAACCUCUCAAAGACCACUCACAGUUUCAUAAUAGAGACUAGGUUCUCCAUUAGGAACCUGGAAAUACAGAUUGGUCAACUGAGCAAGAGGAUCCCAAAGAUCCCUUCUAAUACUCUUUCGGGUAACACGGAAGUGAAUCCAAAGAAAGAGUGCAAGGCCCUCACUAUAGAGGUUUUGACCGAACCCAAGGAGGAGCCUAUUAUUGAAGAGCUCAAACAAAUCAGAGCUCAUGAGGAGACUGAUGGUAUCACCUUGCAGGCCCCUUUGCUGGAAGAGGAAUCUGAAGAAUACUCUUCUUCAGAAGAGGAUGAGGAAUCCAAGAAAGAACAAAUUGCUCGGUACCUAGCCAUUCUCAGGAAACUGAAAGCCAACUCCUCUUAUAAAGAGGCAUUGGAAGAGGAAGAUGAGCCAGUGAUACUGGCCAAGGAGUGCAAUGCCUUGGUUCAGAAGAAACUUCCUCAGAAGCCACCGGAUCCCGGAAGCUUCCUGAUUCCCUGUACUAUAGGGACCAUCACCUUUGUGAAGGCAUUAUGUGACCUUGGCUCAAGCAUCAAUCUGAUGACUCUAUCUAUAAUUAAGAGGCUAGGAAUUCUAGAGGUGCAGCGUGCCACAAUCUCAUUGGAGAUGGCUGAUAAGACCUUAAAAAGGGCAUAUGGCAUGGUGGAGGAUGUCCUAGUGAAGGUUAAAGACCUUCACAUCCCUGCUGCCUUUGUGAUUCUAAACACAGGGGAGGAUAGAGAUGAGUCUAUCAUCCUUGGAAGGCCUUUCCUAGCCACUGAUAAGGCCAUAAUUAAUGUGGAAAGAGUUGAGCUAGUCUUAAGACUACUUGAGGACUAUAUCUUUUUCACGAUACCCAACCCUCAAUCUCCCUUUGACAGAACUAGUACCAUAGUACAACACAUUGUAUUUUAG